AUGUCAACCAUAGUGCUCGACUACGGAAUGAGUUCUGUGGGGGCGUACAAGUAUCUCAUCUUGAUCCUCGACAACGAGGCAGCCAUAUUUGCAGGACGUGAGCAGUACGGCUUUCCCAAAGUCUUUGGCAAGGCCGAUAUUCGGACGACAAACGGUACCCGGCUGGUUCUGGCAAAUGCGCAGAGGCCGGCAGGACGAACUCUUUUCGAGUGCGAAUUCGUCCCCGACCAUCGUAUUCCCAGUUUGCGUGCCGCAGACAAAUGGGGGCUCAAUCUUCGUAGUAUUCCACAGCCGUGUGUGGGAACAUCGGCGAUUCAAGAGCUGAUUCCUACGAUCAUGGACUGGAAAUUUCGCGAGAUCUGGGCUGGCCAUGGUCAGAUUACUUUUCCGCGCCGCUCUGCAUUUGAUCCUUGGUGCGGUGUGAAUAUUUUACGAUACGAAGGAAGCUUCUUUGCACGGGGUCUGACUGGCGAGCUUCGGUGUGGCGGUGAGAGUUUCAAGGUUUGA